AUGACUGGUAAUCCGUACGCUUACCUGAUGAACACACCCACUUUCCCUGGACAUGGGUUUAUACCCCCAUCGACGCCAUCGCCAAUGCCAAGCUCAGACGUAUUGUCCGCAAUUUUGGAUAGAUUGAAUGCAGUAGACAAGAAACUCUCGCAACUUGAUCAGAUACAACAAACAGUGUCCAGCAUAGUUUCUCGAAUAGAUAAAAUGGAGCAACGGAUAACCAAUUUUGAAAGCCGCAUCAAGGACGUUGAAAAAUCGUGUGAUUUUAGUGGCAGUGCGAUUGAAAAUCUAACAAAAAAGAUGACUGAGUAUGACUCAAUAUUAAAAUCAACUAACAACUUACAAAGUCGGGAGUGUUCAGUGAACUUGAAAGAUUCAAAAUUACAGGCAGAAAUAACGGACCUCAAGUGCAGGAGUAUGCGCGAAAAUUUGCUUUUCUUCCAAAUUCCUGAGGAGAAAGACGAGCAAUGCAAGAAGAAGAUAUUGGAAUUCAUUGAAACCAAACUUCACGUGCAAAACGCUAAAUCCGAGGUAAAGUUGCAUAGGGCACAUCGUGUAGGCCGAUACCAGCCAAAUAAAGUGCGCCCCAUUGUCGCCAAGUUCGCGUAUUACCCGGACAGGGAGAGAGUCCGAAAGGAGUCAAAGCAGCUUAAAGGUACCCCGUUCGGAAUAUCCGAACAAUAUCCAAAGGAGGUAAUGGAUGUUCGUCGAAGGCUGAUACCAAUUAUGAAAAAGGCACGAGCCGAGGGCAAGGAGGCGUUCCUUAAAAUUGACAAACUAUACAUUAACAAACAAGUGUAUGUGGAAUAG